CAGACGACACUUUGUGAACAUGGCCAGCAGGCGAGGAACACUCCCUGGCUUAUCUCCAUUGUUUACCUAAUAUAGCGACACUAUUGGGGCGUUAAUUAUAAACGUUUGGCCACAUGUAAGUGUUAAUCUAACGAGCCUGUGAUAUACUCUGAUUAAUUUUUGAGCAGGUAAAUUCUAAAGUGGACUUGUGACGUCAAAACUCACAGUAUCAGAGCGAGGUCUGUAUGUGACAAAUUAUACGAGCGCAUCACAAAUAACUCUUCAGAGAGUCAAUCGAAAAGACUGCAGUCUGGUUUUCGUACGGAAUAUAUUCAGAAACCUUUUUUUUUUAAUUAAAGUGUACAGUUUUAACUACUAAAGUUAAUUUUGAUUAUUUAAAGAUUAUGAUAACAAUGUUUGUAGUUUGUGGACUUUUGUUUAUAAUUGAUGGAGUUUAUUCUAUGUAUAUAUUAGAUAAUAUGGAAAUACCGGAAAAGCCUUGCAAUAUUAUCCCAGCAAACAGCAGUUUACCGUGCAGGGAAUUUGUCAUUACAGAAUCACGCUACUGUGAUGAAAACGAGUUACGGAAAUUAUUUUCGCACCUAUAUAACCGGACAAACCCUGAUAGCAUUAACUGGCCGGCGAAAGUACAAAGUCUGGAGACCACAAACUCGAGCACAGAAUGGACAGUUAGCCCAAAUGGGAAUGUAAACUUUCUAAAAGGAUUUCAGGUGAGACAGUUUGGAAAUAGCUACGACAACUUUUUGAAGAAAAUGUGCAGCGUCAUAGACCUAUCUGACAUGAAAGCAUCGGAUCUCAUUCUCCUAAUGAAGACGAAAUUUUACGUAAAUAAUUCAGAUGCUGGGGGAUUUGACGUAGAAAUUAAACCCCUCCCAUUUCCCCCUGAUCAGUACCAAUCUACAGGUGUCAUAGAAACUAUGGACGGAAAUGAAAAACUUAAUGAAUAUCACUCAGACAUCAAUGUGUAUAUUGACUGUAAUCAAUUAAAUGCCACAUCUGUAAAUAUAUCUGUGCAAGUCAGUGGAAAAACGAAAGCAAUUGACUAUAUGGAAAUUAUGAUAUUGAAUAAUCAAAACAGAGAAUAUUUACAAAAUGCACAAAAACUGUUUUAUCUUUCAGAGAAUUUCUUCGUAGUAAAUGAUUUAAUAUUGGGAAACUACACUCUAAAGUUAACGCCUAUAGAAACAAACGUUGGUAUUGGCGACGAUAAUUCUUGCAUAUGCUAUUUUGGAACAAAUGAAAGUAGACAGUGUGAACCAUGUGUUGGGUAUACAAAAACGAUAUAUGUUACAAAAUGGACGGAAACUUUAACUGAAGACGAUUCCUUGGUUGGUUUAAUUUUGGCGCCAGUUUUGGUAACAUUACUCGUUGUGAUCAUAGCCUUGUCAAUAUGGUUCGUCUGGUAUAAGAACAUCAUACCGUCGUGUAUAAACUUGCCAGAGAUAUUCAGGAAACGACAACAUACGGAUUUCACUUCAAUAGCAGAUGAUCAACAAACGAAAAAGCCUACCAUACAUAUAAUUCAAACAUCUGAUCAUUCUUCACACAAAACAGCUGUUGAAAGUUUAGAAAACCUUAUUAAGACCACUACGAACUAUAUUGUUGUAGCAGACGAUAAUAUUCCCACCGGAACUUCAUUGACGUCUGCAAAUUUCGAAGAAAGUGCGGUUGAGAAAAUACCAGAUAAUGUUGACGUCGUCUGCAUCAUUCAUUCUGAAUGGGCCCAGAAACUGUUGACCAUCAUUGGCUCUGGUGAGGUCAUUGCAACUGAUUUAGCAAACGCCAUGGACAGAAAAUUUCUAAUGUUUGUAAAUGAAGUAUGUCAAAAUCCCGCCAUUACCUCCAAGUUUGUUUCGGUGAGAUUCGAGUACACACUUGAUUCUGCGGUAAUUAGGGAGCCAUUUCUCGGACCUCAGUUUAAUCUACCAACUAACACAGAAGCUUUUAUAAAACAUCUACAUUCCAGAAUGAAUUCUACAAAUUCAAAUGCAGUGAAUAUAAAUACAGACGACAAAAUGGCGCUAUUUUCUGCAAUAAACGCUGCGUUUGUUUAUCAAAAUAAACACAAGUCAUGGCUGUUCACUAAACUAUUCCAUCUUCGUAACUCGCCCUCUAGCGACGAUUCGGGCAUUUAUUUACGACGUACAAGAACAACACACUCUAGAAGUAUCCGAUCGAGGAGUGCUGAAACAAUUUCGUACCACUCAUGCACGUGUGACAUAAACAGCACACAAACAAUGUGUAACACGUGCUAUCAAAGACAAUCGUCAAGGUUAAGGACGCAUUCGUGUGACCUCAGUUUCUUCCCGCCAGAAUCAAUUGUAGACGGAACAAGUGAGCGACUAAGCUUACUUGAGAAUAAAUUUGAAGAUAUUAACAGGCUUUACAUUCAAACAUUAGACUUAAAAGGUAGCGAAGGUGACUGUGUAACACUGGAUGGACAGAGUGUCUGAACGAACAAAUAGAGAAAAAAUACCAUUUAAAAAAAUCAUUUGAAUUUAUCCCAAGAGUGAUCGAAAUUUUGCAUAUUUUUAUUCUGCUUAAAUUAUGUUUGUAAUACAUUUUAAAAGAACAAAUAAAGAUUAAAACGAUUUAAUAAACAGUAUGACUAGUCAUAUAAAAUCGUAUAAACCUAUAGCCUAUAUCUGUAUGAAAAAAUAUACAAAGAGACCAUGCACAAAAU